AUUUGUGCAGGAAACGAUGUUCGUGAAGAGGUAUCCGUUCAGAGGAUCUACUUCCGCCGGAAAACAUUCUUCGCCGCCGCAGACUGUCAAUGUUGCGGCAGUCGCUCACCUAAGAGUCGGAUCUUACUACGAAAUCGAUCACUCAGUUCUUCCUCAGAGAUCGACUGAGCAACUUAAGUCGACCCGAAUCGUCAUGGUGAGCCAAAUCACGAGAACCGACGUGACUCUCCGUUACCCGAGCAUGUCCUCUAUCAGAUCGCAUUUCGGUAGCAACAGGACUAAAAGCAGUGGUUCAACUCUUCUUCCCGUUUUGGACGAGAACCACGUGGUGUCGUCGGAGCUAGCCGGAGAGCUGCUUUACAGGAGAAUCGCACCUCACCAAGUUUCCAUGGGUAGAAACUCGUGGAGCUUCUGGAUUCCUCGGCCGGCGUACAAUAAUAGCACGACUAGGCUCUCUCGCGCGGAAGGAAAGUGCUUGUCUGAGCUGAAGUCGGGAGGGAUGAUCAAGUGGGGGAAGAGAAUGCGCGUAAGGUACCAGAGCAGUCAUAAGGUAGAAGAUAUCUGCAACUGCAAGGAGGAGGAAGAAGAAGAUGGUGGGAAUGAAACAGAAGGAGGCUCUGAUUAUGCUAACGAGCAAAAGUAUGACGGAACCCGUAAGAGAAAGCUGGUUGAAUCCAGCGCUGGGAGACUCGCUCAGAGCCAGAGGGCAAAGGUAUCUUCUGAUCACAAGAAGGAAACCCAGAUCGUUGUUUAUAAGAGGAGAUCACCUAAUCAGUUUAUUGACAGAUGGUCUAUCGAGAGGUACAAACGAGCUGAGAAGAACAUGCUGAAAGUGAUGAAGGAUAAACAUGCAGUUUUUGGCAACCCCAUGCUCAGAUCAGAGUUGAGGUCAGAAGCGAGGAAGCUGAUUGGAGACACGGGUCUUUUGGAUCAUCUCCUUAAGCACAUGGCUGGUAAGGUCGCUCCUGGAGGCCAAGAUAGGUUCAUGAGGAAACACAAUGCAGAGGGGGCUAUGGAGUAUUGGCUGGAGAGCUCUGAUUUGGUUCACAUAAGGAAAGAAGCAGGAGUCGAUGAUCCUUUUUGGACACCUCCACCUGGUUGGAAGCUCGGUGACAGCCCUACUCAAGAUCCUAUCUGCGCUGGAGAAAUCCGUGACAUCAGAGCAGAACUUGCUUUCCUGAAAAGAGAAUUGGAGAAAGUCGCUUCAAAGAAGGGCGAGGAGCUUGGUAUCAUGACUACACCUAUUUCCUGUGUUACAAGUCAGAACGUGGACCAGGAUAAUAUGAUGCCUCUGGCAAAGGAGAUCUAUGCCGAUCUGCUGAAGAAGAAAUUCAAAAUCGAGGACCAGCUAGUGAUAAUUGCAGAAACAUUGCAUAAAAUGGAGGAAGAUAUGGGAUGGCUUCAGAGAACAGUGGACGAGAACUGUCCUAGAAAGCCAGACUCAGCAGAGAGGCCUUUGCUACUAGAGGAUUCACCAGUGAUGAAGACACUAGAGGGAGAAGUGAAGGAAGUGAACAAGGAAACGGAGUCCCCUCGAAAAGGCAGGAGAGAUGAUCGAUCACCACUUUCACUUAUAAACAACACUGGUUUUAGAAUCUGCAGGCCUGUGGCGAGUUUCUCAUGGCCUAACCUGCCUGCUCUUGCUGCUGCUGCUACUGAUGAGGUUGCUUCUUUGCCAAGUCACCACCGACCAUCUCGUUCUUCGGCAACUUGUCCAGUCAGGCCAUUUGCAGCUAAGCGUCCUCUCGUCUUGCCUUUUCCCUUCACCGUCACUCCCCCAGAUCAAGCUCCCAAGAAUCUUUUCAAUCUCUAAAGCUCUCACUGGAAACUGCAAGUAAGCUCUGAUUUGGUUUAAAGUACGGAAAUAAGAAAAAAAAAUUAUUACUAUAUUAUUAUUUAUAUGGCAAUACUUGGAAGUUUUGAAAUUUUGCCCUCUUUAAUUUAGGGAUUUUGUCUCUGGUUAAGUAUAUAUAGAGGGGUUAUGAGUUAUGACUUGAUUCGGCUUAUCAUAGGAAGUUAGGAACAUGUAUUGGACACUGUAAUCAGAUGAAUCUGUAUUACUAAACUUUUUUUUAUCAACG